AUGAGCUUCCACCUCUCCGCUGUAGACAUCCGUAUCGAGGAUGGCCAUGUACUCGUUGCUCGACUCCGCAGAGCCGAUGGUGAAUUGCAAGACGCCUCGAUUGACCUAGACAACUGCCUCGGAAACGACGACGGUCGCUUUCAAUGGGACGGUGUCGGCUUCUCUCAUUCUGCCGAGGAUGUUCACUUCGCUAUCGAAGGAGACGGCGAGGUUCCCGUCCUCCGGGCUCGGUUGGCAAAUGCGGACGGCGAGUUCCAAAGUGCUGACGUGAAUCUGUCUGAGCGUAUCGAAAAUAUCGAUGGCCAAUUCGUAUUCCAGUGA